UACAAAAUUACAAAUAUACUCCUUACAAUAUUUGCGUUCCCCUUGGUCUGUACUCUGUAGUCGCUCCUCUCUUCCCACCAUCUCUCCUUCAAUUGACCGACUGUGCCGUGAAUCACCAUCUCAAGUCUGAACUAUACAGUGUUUUCAUCAAUUGUGUAGCAACAGUAACUUUUCAGGGGUUCACAUAAUCGGUGGUUGCAAUAAAUACAGCCUUUCUGGUUUAUAGUAUGCUCCUGGACCCAACAAUGGAGCAACAACUGGCCAGAAUAUACAAUUAUUGAAAGAGCCAGUUUUUGGGAGUUGGGGUUUGAGGAGGUGAUGAAAUGGAGGAAAAUGAAGCAGCUUUGCACACUGCUUUAAAUGCAGUGCAGGCAUUGGGGAGGGGUUUUGAUGUGAACUAUGAUACAAGAUUGCUCUACUGUAAGGGAGUGGCUGGCUCAAGGGUUGUUGAGAUUGAUGAAGAACGCACUAGGGAUGUUUGCUUGUAUGGAAAUAUAUUUGUUCCUAAUGUUUCAAGGGAUAUAAUGAAUACCCAAGAGACUGGUGGGCGUGAUGGCUCUGGCAUUUGCACCUAUCCUGAGAUGGUGGAGUUCUUCAACAGAAAGGCCAACCUGUCAGGCCAUGCCCCUCUUGGUAGUUUCAAUGCUGCAUUCAGUUUCACCGGUUCAAAGGAAAUAGAUGCUGCCACCACAAAGACCCUUUGUAUUGAUGGGUUUUUCAUGCCACUUGCUAGAGUUCAGCUGAUGAAAAUGCCUUUGGCAUUGCAAGAAAAUGUUAGAAGAGCAGUUCCAACAUCAUGGGACCCACCCGCAUUGGCAAGUUUCAUUGAAAAUUUUGGGACACAUAUUAUUACAUCCAUCACUAUUGGUGGUAAAGAUGUAAUUUAUGUUAAGCAGCAUCUAUCGUCUCCCCUAUCUACGGUAGAGAUAAAGAGUUAUGUUCAAGAUAUUGGAAAUCAAAGGUUUUCCAGCAUUGAGAGCCACCUUACCAACUCUGGGUUAUUGAUGUAUAGGGAUAAGGGCAGUGAUCCAUCUUUGUUCAACGGCCAUGGGUUAUUUCCCCAGCCUAUUAGUGCUCCAUCUCUUGCUGGCAAUGGUAAAGAGGACGUUACAGUCAUUUUCAGAAGAAGGGGAGGAGAUGAUCUGGAGCAAAGCCACACUCAUUGGGUAAAAACGGUCAAAUCUUCACCUGAUGUCAUUGAGAUGUCAUUUUUUCCAAUCACAAUGCUCCUCGAAGGAAUCAAGGGAAACGAGCAUUUGUCACGUGCCAUAAAUCUAUACGUAGAAUACAAGCCUCAAAUUGAAGAACUGAGAUAUUUCCUAGAGUUUCAGAUCCCUCGAAUAUGGGCACCUCUUCAGGACAGGCAUCCUGGCCUACAAAGAAAGGAACCUGUUUGCCCUUCACUGCAGUUUAGCAUGAUGGGUCAAAAGCUUUAUGUCAGCCAAGAGCAGAUUUCAGUUGGGCGAAAGCCGGUGACUGGGAUGCGAUUAACCCUGGAAGGGGUAAAGAAGAAUCGACUGAGCAUCCAUCUUCAACAUCUGUCAUCUCUCCCCAAGCUCAUUCAACCAUAUUGGGACUCCCACAUCGCUAUUGGCGCACCCAUGUGGCAAGGACCCGAGGAACAAGAUAGCCGAUGGUUCGAGCCUGUGAAAUGGAAAAACUUCUCGCAUGUAAGCACCGCUCCAAUUGACUGCCCUGAAACUUUCAUAGGUGACCUUUCCGGUGUGUACAUAGUGACGGGGGCACAGCUUGGAGUGUGGGAUUUCGGGUCAAGAAACGUUUUGUAUAUGAAGCUCUUAUAUUCGAGGGUGCCAGGGUGCACGGUUAGAAGAUCAUUGUGGGACCACACCGUAGACGAUAAGUCAAAAAAAAGAACUGCUAGUGGUGGUGAUUCGAGCUUAGUGCUUCCUGGGGAGAACAUGGCUGACAGUAAGUUAGCGAAAUUUGUUGACAUGACUGAGAUGUGCAAGGGCCCACAAGAUCUUCCAGGUCAUUGGUUGGUAACGGGUGGGAAACUGAGCAUGGAGAAGGGAAAAAUUGGUUUGAGACUAAAACAUUCUUUGCUGAAUUAUUAGCAAAAAAACAGAGGCUUCUCAUAUGCAGAGGUGUUUCCCACUUUCUCUCCAUGUGUAAGGUAGUAGUUGGGCAGUGAUUUUGGUGUAUAUUUGGCCCUCCUGUUUUCCUUCAUAAAUGGUAAUGGUAUGUGUUUCUGAUGAAAGGUAUAUUCCUGGUAGCCUGGUAGGAAUGGUAGCUGGUUUUGGACCAAUGGAUGUAUAAAUUUAAUCCUAGCAUUUUGGAAGACGGUGUUGCCACAAUCUUAUCCAAGCGCUUAUGAGUUGUGUCUGCAGUAUAUAUGAUUUUGCAGCCAAACUAGAAGUCUGGAUACGUCUCGAAAUAUUGUCAUACAUACAAAGGUUCUAACAGCAUUCGUGACAAUCUUUUUAUUUUUUUUUAUAAUGAGUCUACAUUGCCACGUCAUCAAUGAAUGAAUUAAUAAUUUAUUUCGUAAAAAGUUGUCAUGUUCAUGUUCUGAUGUUCAUAAAUUUGUUGUCAUGUUCACAAAAUGUUUGACUCGCUCAAGAAUUUUAUUUCAUUUCCUUU